UCGCCGAAUUUACUUUUAUUUAAAAAUUAAUAAAUAAAAAAUUAAUAAAUUAAAUAAUAAUAAUAGUAAUAAAUGAUAUCAAUAAUUAAUAAAUUUUUCAUUGUUGAACAUAACUCUGAAGGCAAUGUAAAAAGUUGAUGGUCGUCUUCAUUUGAGAGGAUAUAACAUUAUGACAUUAAUUUUGAUCCGAUCAUCAAUUGACUAUAAUUAAAAACAUCAACUAAAACAACAACAACAACACUUUCACUAACACAACACAACUACAACAACAACGACAAAAAUGUCAACGAUCAGUUUCCACAAAGUUGGCUUCUACGUCAAGAUGAGAGAUAGGAAGGGGUCCAAAAAAUGUUGUGGAGAGGUCAUCAGCAAGCCGAUCCUUAGCGACGUUAGUGGGAUAUUCCGACCAGGAAUGAACGCUAUCUUGGGACCAACCGGAAGUGGAAAGACAACUUUGUUGGAUGUUUUAUCUGACCGUAUAGACAAAUCUGGUGUCACUGGUAAAGUCCUAGCGAAUGGAGUCAUGCGUUCGAAAAAUUUCAAACUUACCACCGGUUAUGUCGUUCAAGAUGACGUAGUCAUGGGGACGUUAACAGUACGGGAAAGCAUUAGCUUCUCGGCCAACCUCAGGCUGCCGGGUUCGACUACACCAGAGGAAAAGAAAAAAAAAGUCAACGAAGUCAUUGAAGAGUUGGGUCUUGUAAAAUGCGCCGAUUCAAAGAUAGGAACAGAGCUGAUUCGUGGCAUAUCUGGCGGCGAACGUAAACGAGUCAGCAUAGGCAUGGAGUUAAUAAUAUCACCUUCCAUCAUAUUCCUCGACGAGCCAACCACCGGCCUGGAUGCCAGCACUGCUAACUCCGUCAUGUCCCUACUGCACGGACUGUCCUCGAAAGGUCAAACGGUCAUCUUCUCCAUCCACCAGCCGCGUUAUGCCAUCUUCAAAUAUUUUGACACACUCUCGCUAUUGGGUAGCGGAAGAACUAUUUACCACGGGCCAGCCAAUCAGGCGCUAGAUUAUUUUGAGGGCAUAGCAGGGUUCAGAUGCGAGGACCACAACAACCCUCCGGAUUUCUUCAUGGACGUCAUAACGGAAGGAACCUCCUUGCUGUUGAAAGCUGAAAAACAAAAACAACAAAAUAAUAACAAAAAUAGUCAUGUGGUCGUAAUCGAACUAGACAAUAUAGAGAGGGACCAGGGUUUGCAGCGCUUCAAAGACCCUGGACUCGAUCCAAACAGCCAACAGAAACAACUUAAACUGGUUUACCCUACGUCACCUUUGGUCCAGACAAUGUACGUCUGCGCUAGAACGCUCAAAAACCUCAUAAGGAACCCCCAAACGUUCGCCUUACAGAUUAUGAUCAGCAUAUUUUUUGCUGUCAUAGUUGGUGUUAUCUACCUACAACUUGGUGAUAAGUUUGACUCUGCUAUUCAAAAUAGGAUGGGAGCAUUUCUGUUCAUAGUAAUGAACCAGGUAUUCAGCAACAUGUCCGUCGUCGAGCUCUUCAUCAGAGAGAGACAUAUCUUCAUACACGAAAGUGCUUCAGGUUACUACAGAGUUUCGUCAUAUUUCUUCUCGAAAGUUCUCUGUGACAUCAUUCCCAUGCGUGUCUUGCCCGUUACCAUAUUUUCCCCCAUAUGCUAUUUCAUGAUUGGUCUUCAACCAUCAGCUGAUAAGUUCUUCAUCUUCUACUUGACCUUAUUCUUGACCUCGAUGGCCGGGGCCAGUGUGGGCAUCAUGAUAAGUUCAUCCGUGUCCGUCCUCACCGUUGCUAACUUAAUUAUCGUUCUCAUUUACGUUCUCAUGAUGUUGUUUGGUGGGCUGUUGGUGAAUCUUGAGACGAUGGCGGACUGGCUGAGUUGGCUGCAGUACCUUAGCAUUGUCAGGUUUUCUAUGAACGCUCUAUCGAUAAACGAAUUGAAAGGACUCGUUCUCAAGAAGACCAUCAAUGGGACAGAAAUUACUAUCCGUGGAAUCGGGGAGGAGUUUUUGCAAAACCAAGGAAUCAAAUACGAAACGGAUUGGGAUUUUUGGCAGAACAUUAUGGCUCUAACCAUCAUGAUUAUUGCAUUUCUUAUCCUGGCAUACGUGCAACUAAGAAGAAUGAAGAAGCUUAAGUAAUCAGCUAAGCGUCUGUGUAAUUAUAAUUAUUAUUAAUGAUUAUUAUUAGUUUCAUAAUUAUUCUUAUAAUUGUUGUUUAAUGUUACGUCAAAAAUGUCGGUCGUUAAAUUGACUGCCACAUUAAUUAACUGAUCAAUUAAUUGUAACUUCAACCAAUUAGUCAAAUCUAAUCACUCAAUUAGAAUGAUUGAAAGAAAUUAUUACGAUUAUAUUUUUAAUGUAAUUAAUUGUGAAUAAUUAUUAUUAUUUUUAAG